AUGGCAACACUCUCAAUCACCGGUCUUCAGACCUCGCUCGAAAGGCUGAGCCUCGACACUCCUCUGCCCUCGUUCCCGGUUGCCGAUGUGCUGGUACGCCCGCUGGAUAUCUUCCGGUCUUACAUCGCCCAGAUCGUGGCCGAGGCUGCUCAGUGUGACCCCGCGGUUGCGUAUGAGGCGAUUCAGUCGACGGCCGCCAUUUCCAUGGGCGACCUGGCCGUGAUCCUUCCUCGUCUCAAAAUCAAGGGCAAAGGCGACGCCGCAGCCGAGCUGCUUGCGAAGUUCCCCAACUCACCUCUUUACACCUUCCCUUUCGUCGACGGGGUUCACAUCCGGAUUUUUUCUCACCCAGUCCUGCUUCCGAGACUCCUUAUACCCUUCAUCUGGGAUCGAAAAGAGCUUUAUGGCGCGGAUGAUACCCAUGGAAGACAAGAUGCCGCCUCUCCAGACGGCGGACGCAAAAAGGUCGUCGUCGAGUUCUCCUCGCCCAACAUUGCAGCCGAGUUCGAAGGCAGACACCUGCGCAGCACCAUCAACGGCGCCUCGAUCGCCAAACUCCAUGAGCGCAUGGGAUGGGACGUCGUCAGGCUGAACUAUCUCGGCGACUGGGGCAAGAACAUCGCCCUGCUUGCCGUCGGCUGGAACAAGUUUGGGUCCGAGGAAGAAUUUGACAAAGACCCCAUCCGCCACCUGCUCGACGUCCACACCAAGAUCAACGAGCUGUUCAAGCCCGAACAAGAGGCGAGCUCAAAGGCCAAAGACGAGGGGAAGAACACGGCCGAAAUCGAGUCGCAGGGCAUCUACGCCGAGCGAGACGCUUUCUUCAAGCGCAUGGAGGAGGGCGACCCUGAAGCCGUGGCCCUGACGACGAGAUUCAGAGACGUCUAUGUCAAAGACUACACCAAGGCCUACGCUCGUCUGGGCAUCGAGUUCGACGAGUACGCCGGCGAGUCCCAAGUGACGUCGGACUCCAUCGCCGAGGUCGAGGCCCUUCUCAAAGACAAGGGCAUCUCGGAAGAGAGCGACGGCUCGUGGCUCAUCGACUUCAAGAAGCACGGGGCCAAGGGUCUCGGCACCGGCAUGAUCCGCAACCGGACGGGCACGACCAUGUACUUUUCGCGGGACCUCGCGGCGAUCCUCGACCGGGACAAGAGGUACGCCUUCGACAAGAUGGUUUACGUCGUCAACGCCGAGCAGGACUCGCACUUCCGCGGCGUGAUCAAGGCGCUCGAGCUGAUGGGGCGGGACGACCUGGCCAAGAAGAUCCAGCACAUCAACUUUGGUAAAGUACAGGGGCUGUCGUCCCAGCUCGGCAACGCCCACCUCCUGGGCGACAUGCUGAACCAGUGCGCCAACGCGGUGCGGGACGCCAUGUCGACGGAGCAGAACGCCGGGGCGCCCCUUGCGGCGGCCGAGCCGUUCGGCAUCACGUCCCUCCUCGCGCAGGACAUGCACACGAAGCGCAGCAACGGGUACGCGUUCGACAGCAAGAAGAUGACCGAGUUCGAGGGCGAGACCGGUGCCGCGCUGCAGCUGCACUACACCCGGCUCUGCCUGACGAUCCGGCAGCUCGGGGCGGACCCCGCGGCGGCGCUCGGAGAGGUCGACUACUCGCACCUGGAGGAGGAGGAGUACACGAACCUGCUGCGGCUCCUGGCGCAGUACCCGGACGUCGUCAGUGCCGCGUACAAGACACUCGAGCCGUCGGCAGUGCUGACCUUCCUGUACCGGUUGGCGGAGCAGCUUGUCGUGUGCCUCGACGACGACGAGGGUGAGGACGAGGGCGAAGGGGAGGAGGACGAGGAGACGCCCGAGGACCCGAAGCUUGAUCUCGCGAGAGCUGUGCUAUACGAGAUUACGAGGCAGGUGUUUGAGAACGGCAUGAAGGUCCUCGGCAUUACUCCACUGGCGACUUGA